CCGGGAGGUCACUGGCCCUCGAAUCCUUCCGAGUGUGGUGGCGAUGGCGAAGACUGUGGCUUAUUUCUAUGAUCCCGAUGUGGGCAAUUUUCAUUACGGAGCAGGACAUCCCAUGAAACCACAUCGGUUGGCAUUGACCCACAGUCUGGUGCUACAUUAUGGACUCUAUAAGAAGAUGAUUGUAUUUAAGCCAUAUCAAGCUUCUCAGCAUGACAUGUGUCGCUUUCAUUCAGAAGAUUAUAUUGACUUCCUUCAGAGAGUUAGUCCUAACAACAUGCAAGGAUUCACCAAAAGCCUCAAUGCUUUCAAUGUGGGAGAUGACUGCCCUGUUUUUCCAGGACUAUUUGAAUUUUGUUCUCGAUAUACUGGAGCUUCCUUGCAAGGAGCAACACAGCUGAAUAAUAAGAUUUGUGAUAUUGCAAUUAAUUGGGCUGGAGGCCUGCAUCAUGCCAAGAAGUUUGAGGCUUCUGGGUUUUGUUAUGUGAAUGACAUCGUGAUUGGCAUUUUGGAGCUUCUCAAGUACCAUCCACGUGUACUUUACAUCGAUAUAGACAUCCAUCAUGGAGAUGGUGUGCAGGAAGCUUUUUACUUGACAGACCGUGUCAUGACAGUAUCUUUUCACAAAUACGGGAAUUACUUUUUCCCUGGUACAGGUGACAUGUAUGAAGUUGGGGCUGAGAGUGGCCGCUAUUACUGUCUAAAUGUACCUUUGCGGGAUGGUAUUGAUGACCAAAGUUAUAAGCACCUCUUCCAGCCAGUCAUUAAUCAAGUGGUGGAAUUCUAUCAGCCAACUUGCAUAGUGCUGCAGUGUGGUGCUGAUUCCUUAGGCUGUGAUCGCCUGGGUUGCUUUAAUCUCAGUAUAAGAGGACAUGGGGAGUGUGUGGAAUAUGUAAAAAGUUUCAACAUUCCCCUUCUGGUAUUAGGAGGUGGUGGUUAUACAGUUCGCAAUGUGGCCCGAUGCUGGACUUAUGAAACAUCAUUGCUUGUAGAUGAAGCAAUUAGUGAGGAGCUUCCAUAUAGUGAAUAUUUUGAAUACUUUGCUCCAGAUUUUACUCUCCACCCUGAUGUCAGCACUAGAAUUGAAAAUCAGAAUUCAAGGCAGUACUUAGAUCAAAUACGGCAGACAAUAUUUGAGAAUUUGAAGAUGCUGAAUCAUGCACCUAGUGUCCAGAUCCAUGAUGUCCCUUCUGAUCUUCUGAGCUACGAUCGCACAGAUGAGCCUGAUCCAGAAGAGAGAAGUUCAGAAGAUAAUUACAGCAGGCCAGAAGCUUCCAAUGAGUUCUACGAUGGUGAUCAUGAUAAUGAUAAAGAAAGUGAUGUUGAAAUAUGAGGCCUGAAUCCUAUACAUUUGCACUAUAUGAAAUUGUCUGGAUGAUAAGUCUCUAAGGAAGUAAUAGGUUCCGUAGAAAGAAUUGCUUGAACACAGAAGGCAAUGGGGGUUUCUACUUGACCGGAUCUUCAGCCAUUAUUGGUGGGAAUAAACAUUCCUCACUUCAGGUUCAUUUAAGGUUCAGGUUGUUGCUAGGUGACCCUCCUCAAUCCUCAUUCUGCAACAACCAUCACUUUUCACAAGGCUGCUGCUCUUCAAAAAAGGACAGGGUUUCCAUUGUAUUUUGAACCAUUUUUCUUAUUUUUAUUUUCCUGAAGGGCCUAACUAGAAAUCUGCUGUAAAAAGCGCAUCUACAUGGACAAAUUUUCAGCUUUCUAUAGCAAUGGGAAUUAUAAACAGAGAUCAGAUAAUGUUGGUGGAUAUUUUAUUUGACCAUAGUAGAAGUGGAGAAGUCAUGUAUGUAGCACUCUUUUAAGUUACCUUUUGUUAGUCUUUCUACUUGGAGAUGCUAUGCGUUGCAUGGCAAUAGGCCCAUUGAGGAAUUAAUUUGGCAGUUUUUUGUGACUUUUAUAGCAGAUGUCUAUAGCUUAUUGGAUAUAUUUCUGUUUUUGCUUCAGUGAAGGAUUGAUUAUUAAAGGGAAGAG